AUGCAUAUCACAUGCAAAUGUUUAAACGUGUCCAUAAAGUCCAGGGGCACUGAACUGCAGAAAGUCAACAUCGAUGAUAUUGAAUUGACACCCGAAGAACAGAAUGAUGGUUUUUUUCAGCAGAAUCUUGCAUCGGUACCAGAACUCGAAGGCAUUACUAAGGAACAACCGGGUUUAAUGGAAAUAAGAAAUGUGGGAUCAUGGGUCGUUCACCGUUGUUAUAAUUGUUCAAUGUACACUCAUGCUGUGCAUAGAGAUCAUGGUGCUGCAUUAGUUCUUAUUAAUACUGAUAUUGUUACUUCACCUGAAGAAAUAAAUAAAUUAAGGUCUGAUCCAGAUUAUAGUUCAGUGUUUAGAAUAGUAAUUGCUCUUACUUUGGAUGAACUUGAUUAUUUUCAACAACCUACUAAAUUUUCUGUGUCGCAGUUACCUAAUAAUGUACAAGUGGCUUUGGGUGGUCUCCAACAGCAGCUUGAAGAAGCUGUUCAAAGGCAGUCUGCAGAAAUAGAAAAUAAAAUUCGUGCUUUUACAACAGAACAAUAUCAAUUGUUAGAGCAAUUUCGUGAAAGAGCUCAUAAUGAGCAUAGAUUAUUAAGAAGAUUAAUCUGUAAAGGAGAAGAAAGAUUAACUGAUAAUAUAGAAACACCUCCUACAACACCAGAUAGUUUUACAACCAGUUUAACUACCUCUACAACAAAUACAGUAAACACUUCACAAAUAGUAUCAAAUGAGACAAAAAUUAUUGCAAAUUCUAAUGUUAAAUAUGAAACUGGUGCUAAAAAUUCUUCUAAUUCACUUGUUAAUGGUAAUGUAGAUAAGAAAGAUCGAAUAUAUAUAUACACUAAGGAAUCAACUAAUUUUGACACAGAAGCUUUAUUUCCUUUGGAAGGAAUGGAAGACACUCUUAAUACUGAUCAAGUUCAAUCUUCAGAAGAAGGAUCUGAUACAGAUGAUUCAGGUCAAGAUGAAGGUAUUCACAUGCCAAGAGGACAAAGAGGCGGCCAUCCUACAUUAGCUAAGUCAUUACCAGUUAGUGUUCCACCUUUCCCGUCAUUUGUCCGUAGAACAGUUCAGGAUGAAGAUGAUGAUCAGCUUUCAAGAGAUCCGCAUGAUCCACAUAAUAUUCGAGCUUCAAUUAAAGCUCUAGCGAAGAGUGUUCAUGGUGAUACAGUAUUUGGAGAUUUGCCACGUCCUCGUUUCUCUACUCAAAUCUGA